AUGACCAUCCCCACCACAGCUCCCAUCCGCAUUCAGCGCCUGUCGCACAUGCGCUACCAGCAUGCAGACCUCCCCAAAGCCCGCCAGUUUCUGGAGGACUUUGGCAUGCACGUUGUCUACUCGGAGAACGAUGGCAAGUCACUGUACUUUGCUGGCCAAGGGCCCGAUGCGUUCGUUUACGUCGCAACAGCUGGCGAAACCAGUGCUUUCCUCGGAGGCACGUUUCUUGUAGAGACCAAGGCGGAUCUCGAACGCGCAAGUGACCUCAUCCCCGGCGCAACCAAACUCCUCCCAGCCUCUCCUGCGGGUGGCUUCCUCGUUACCUUCCAGGACCCGGACGGACUUCCUUGCAACCUUGUGUGGGGUUUACCUGAGCGCGAGGUUGGCACUCAGACUAGCCCAGACGCCGUCAACUACCCUGUUCAGAAGCCGCGCAAGGGAGAAUUUCGCAGGUUCAAGCAAGAGCCAUGCCCAGUAUUCAAGUUGGGACACUUUGGCCUUCUCGUAAGCAGCUUCCAGAAGACUUUCGACUUUUACACUCGCUACUUUAACCUCAAGGCUACCGAUAUCCUCACAGCCCCAGAUGGGACGAAGGUUGCCGGGUUUAUGCACAUCGAUCGGGAGGAGGAGUGGGUCGACCACCACACAUUCUUCUUCAGUAUCAACAGGCGAGUUGGGCCCCACCAUUGCUCUUUCGAGGUCCGCGACUCGGAUGUCCAGGCAAUUGGCCAUGACUGGCUCAAGGCCAAGGGAUACACCCCGUCCUGGGGUGUCGGUCGCCAUAUUCUCGGCUCUCAGAUCUUCGACUACUGGUACAUGCCCGACAACUUCAUGGUCGAGCACUACUCGGACGGAGACCUUGUCAACAACACUUUCGAGACCAACUACCUCCCUGCUGGUGACGAGUCCCUGGCCAUCUGGGGUCCCGCUGUUCCGAAAGGCUUCAUGGAUGCUAUUCCGGAUGAGUCGCAGCGCGGUACUGCCUAA